UUUGUAACUUUCUUGUUGAUUUUCGUAAUUUUUUAACACCCAGUAUAGCUUACUAUACGUGCUUACCAAUUACCUUACUACGAAGGAAAUAAAUACUACCGCAUGAUUUCUGCGCAUUUUUUACAAAAUAAUUGUGGAAAUUCAGAAAGAAAGGACAAAAAAUGAAAAUUCCUUACAAAGAAAAGCUAAUUGCUUAAAAAAAUUAUGAAACACCGACGAUGCAGACGAUGACAACUAAAUAAUAAAUCUAAUAAAUAUACUCAACUCCUAACCUCUAAAUGUCACAUGGAUGCAAUAAAUAUAAAAGUGCACAUAUAUUUCAUGCGUACAUAACAAAUAGUGACAUUAGUAUGAUUGUAAACACUGUUUAAAAUAGAAAACAUAAUUUCUAAGGAGAUGGCUUGCCGAAAUAUUUUAAACUUGCUAUGUAAAAGAAAUCGACCGAUUUGGUUUGCAAUGGCCUCGUCAUUCAUUCAAUAUGAUCCGGAUAAAAAACCAAAUUCCGAGGAGAAAAUUAAUUUACUACCACCUGAGAAAAAGGAUUUAUCCUUUGAUUAUAUGAUGAAACAAUCGGCAAUCGAAUCUGUAAAUAGUGCUUCUCAAACUUUGACUGUCACUUACAGUGCAAUUGAAGCAGUCAGUAAAGAAUACAGAAAACUACUGGUGAAUAUAAUUUCAUUGUUGCAAGAAAGUUUAAUAAGAGAAGUUAGCGACGAACAUUGGGAUGUUAUCGUCUUAGUACGAGGAGAAAUGCAAAAAAAGAAGCAAACAAUAAAUCGCCUAGUCGGAUAUGUGGAAUAUGUUCAAAAAAUGGCAGUAGCAACGACGGAAGUUACUUUCUUGACGGGAAUGGACAAUUUAUCAGUUACUCUUUGCCAAAGGAUAGACGACGCAGUAAAUAAUAUUCAAAAAGAAAUAGCACAAAAUAAAAUACUCGAAGAGGAAUAUACGGUUAUUCAACAAAAGUGUAUAUUAAAAGAUAAGGACGAUCCACCAGAGAUUAAAAUCGUGGACCUAGCAAAGCAAAAAGGACAAAAAGCAACCAAUUCAGAGGAAACCGACUUUGUCGAGAUCACCACACCAGUAGAUUUAUAAAUUUAUUUAAUACUAUUAAUAUUAAGCUGCAAACUUUUUAGAAUAAAAAAAGCCAUCGUCUUUGUUA